AUGGCCGACGCUAAGCCCAUGUCCAAGAUCUGGCUGAUCUCCAACGACGCUGCCACCAUCGAAGUCGACCGUGCCGUUGUCGAGCGCUCCAUGCUCAUCAAGAACAUGCUCGAGGAUGUCGGCGAUGACACCAUCAGCCAGACCAACCCCAUUCCCAUUCCCAACGUGAAUGAGGCCGUUCUGCGCAAGGUCAUCGAGUGGUGCAACCACCACCGCGACGACCCCGCCCAGGCGGCCGACGACGAGUCGGAUGCUCGCAAGAAGACGACUGAUAUCGACGAGUGGGACCAGAAGUUCAUGCAGGUCGAUCAGGAGAUGCUCUUCGAGAUUAUCCUCGCCUCCAACUACCUCGACAUCAAGCCACUUCUCGAUGUCGGCUGCAAGACCGUCGCCAACAUGAUCAAGGGCAAGUCGCCCGAGGAGAUCCGCAAGACGUUCAACAUUACCAACGACUUCACCCCCGAGGAGGAGGAGCAGAUUCGCCGCGAGAACGAGUGGGCCGAGGACCGAUAA